CGGACUCGAAUUCGCGUUUGCGUUCGCGUUCGUUCGGUUUGUUAUUUUUUGGCAUUUUGUUCGAUUUUUCGUGCCGACGUCGACGACAUCUAAUAAAAAAGCUGUACACAGCCGUACGUACACGGGCGAGAGCGCUCCCAUCGAGAACUUGUGAGGCAGCAAUCGAAAAUAACUAAAAAUGUAGUCGGCCAUCGAAACAAGCCGAAAUAAAACGCAAAAGUGCACCGAAAACAAUCGCGGAGCAGGAAAGUGUGGAAUCAGCAGUCGCUAGUUUGCUAAUUUGCCCCCUUGCAUGUGUGCCCCUCGACGAGGCGUAUACGCAACGUUGUCCCAGCAAGAAGAAGAGGCUGGAGCAGCAGUCAGAGAACAACUAACCGAAGAAGCGCCAAAUUAACAGUUUAAACUAUCCUUUUGGCAGCGGAAACUGCCUUGUGAUCGUCUGCUUUUUUGCAACAUUGCAACUUGCAACAUUGCAACUGCAGUCCAGCAGUGUGUCUCUGUGUGUAUCUGCCGAGGCACUGCACUGGCGGAGCCACAUACAUACGUAAACCAAACAUACAAACAUAUCUAUGCAUUCGCCAGCCACGAAUUUCGGUUAGUUUCGGGGGUGUCUGUGUGAGCACGUGCGUCGGUGUGAGCAGAAAGCUGCGCCUGUGUUCGCGGGCCGCUGCAAUUGCAGUUUUGCCCCUAGUAUCUCCAGCUCGCGUCCCCGCCCUCGCGUCCUCGCUCCGAGCUUCGACGAGUGUGCCCAUUGCCUGCCGCAAUCAGCAUUUGAGUUGAACGAGAGGAAAAAUCGCAUCCCUUAAAAUAUCUUUGGAACCAAUUUGGAAUUAACCAAGAAGGCGGAGAGGUAAAAUUUAAUUUCAUUACAAAAUACUGGCGAAAAGAUCAACGGCAAAAACAAGUUUAUAAAUAAGAAAAUAAAUGAGACACUUAAGAAGAAAGGAAUUUUAAAUUUGACCAACAUGAAGAGAAACAAAUGAAACAAACGACACUGAAAAAAGAAACAGCAGAGACAACAAGCAAGAGCACAGCUAAGGAAACCAAACCACUACUGCUAAAAUGUGUUGUAAUAAUCAAUAAUAAAAGAAGAAAUCAGAAAGAAACGAAAGCGAUCACAAGGCUUUCCCUUCGAGAUCAAAUCACGGCUAGGCAUCAGCACCUGCAUCCCUAAUCGAGCAACAGCUAGGACCUCCGGCCAGCCGAUUCAAUAGAUAAGCAGUAGCGACGAGAAUGGCCAUCAACUUCUCGGCCUCGUUCGCGGCCUGCAUAGCAGCCGGACUGAAGGUGCCCCGCCAGAUCAUGUACUGCAUCACCCAGGACACGGGCCAGCCGUACGUGCUCUACAAGGACUCGCAGGACGCCGAGCGCAACCCGGCCGCCAUUGGCACCAGUCCCGCCCAGUGGGGCAGCGACAUGUACCCUAACAUCCAGCAGCAGGCCCAACAGCACCUCACCGCCCAGCAGCAGCAGCAGCAGCAGAACGCGGCGCAGGCAGCUGCCCAGGCGGCAGCCGCAGCGGCGGCAGCGGGUCAGCCGCAGAGUCCGCCGGGUGGCGCCCAAGAGCCUCGCGACAACGGCAGCGGCGAUGGCCGCCAGCAAAAGGUAUCGCCUUCGUCCAGCCCAUAUCCCUCUGUGCAGCAGCAGCAGCAGCAGCAGCAACAGCAGCAACAGCAGCGGGCAAACGGUGGCCCCGACGAAGAUGCCAUGAACCAGCUCGGAAACCAGCAGAACCCUGCGCCCAACCAGAACCAAAGCAGUACCGACCCCCAGCACUCGGGCUCCAAUGCUGGGGAGCCCGGAAACCCACAUGUGCAGCAAAACGGAGGCGGCGGCGGUCCUCAGGGCGAUCCCGGGAACAGCUUCCAAACGCCCGAUUACUAUGCUCCCCGUCAUGCAGCGCCGCAAGGAGCAAUGCUGGCGCCACCCGGCUUUCCGCCACUUCAUUAUCUUAACAAGGGAGUGCUGCCCAUGGAGCAGUCUGGUGGCGGCGGCGGUGGCGGGGGAGCCGGCGAGUCCUACUCGCUGCCCGAGCUCCUCCCGGGCCAGCAGAAUGGCCAGCAGAGUGCCGGUCCGACGAAUGCCAAUGCCAAUGAAGGCGCGGCGGCAGUCAACGGCGGAGGAGUGGGCGGUGCCCCCGGCGCGGGCGUAGGACCUGGCGGCGGCGUGCCGACUGGAGGGCGUACUGGCAACGGGCCGGGGCGUCCGCACAAGAACAAGCCGCACAGUGACCUGCGGCUGUUUAAGUGCCUCACCUGCGGCAAGGACUUCAAACAGAAAAGCACGCUGCUGCAGCACGACCGAAUCCACACGGACGCUCGUCCGUUUCCCUGCUCUGAGUGCGGGAAGCGGUUCCGGCAGCAAUCGCACCUCACGCAGCAUCUGCGCAUCCACGCCAACGAAAAGCCCUUCACCUGCCCCUACUGUUCGCGCAGCUUCCGGCAGCGCGCCAUUCUCAACCAGCACAUACGCAUCCAUUCGGGUGAGAAGCCCUUCGCCUGCCCAGAGUGCGGCAAGCACUUUCGCCAGAAGGCCAUCCUCAAUCAGCAUGUGCGCACCCACCAAGACGUCUCCCCACACCUCAUCUUUAAGAACGGGCCACACCCGACGCUGUGGCCCUCAGACGUUCCAUUCCCGGGCGAAGAGAACGACACCAAGGGCGACAUUGCCAGUUCCGGCGGUGGAUACCACGACGAGGACUCUCAGGGUACACCGGACGGUAGCGGCGGCAUGCACUACCCAUCGUACUUCAAGGAUGUUAAGGAUCCACGCGCAGGCCAAAAGAUACUGCCCGAGGUGCUGCAGCACAUCGGUGUGCGGCCGGCGAACAUGCCGCUAUACGUGCGCUGUCCCAUCUGCGACAAGGAGUUCAAGCAGAAGACGACUCUGCUACAGCACGGCUGCAUCCACAUCGAGUCGCGGCCGUACCCCUGUCCAGAGUGCGGCAAGCGCUUCCGCCAACAGUCGCACCUCACGCAGCAUCUGCGCAUCCACACCAACGAGAAGCCCUUCGGUUGCAUGUACUGUCCGCGCUUUUUCCGCCAGCGGACCAUCCUUAACCAGCACUUGCGCAUUCAUACUGGCGAGAAGCCGUACAAGUGCGCCCAGUGUGGCAAGGACUUCCGGCAAAAGGCCAUUCUGGACCAGCACACUCGCACCCACCAGGUAGGGGAUCGUCCAUUCUGCUGCCCGAUGCCCAACUGUCGCCGUCGCUUCGCCACGGAGAAUGAGGUGACCAAGCACAUCGACAACCAUAUGAACCCCAACACCACCAAGGUGCGUCGCCAGCAGCAGCAGCAGCAACAGCAACAGCAGCAACAGCAUCAGCAGCAGCAGCAGCAGCAACAGCAGCAGCAGCAACAACAGCAACAGCAGCAGAACAACAACAACGCUGUUGCGCAAGUCGCCUCGGUGGCCAACCACUUGAUGAACGACGUCAAGAGCUUGGCGGCCCAGCAAUUCCUCAACAAUAAUAACCCGUCGUCGGCGGUAGAUAACAAGGCAAACAUACUGCCUGUGCGCAGCAUAGCGGCCAACGCGGCAGCAGCCGCUGUGGUGCAGCAGUCUGUGGUGAAAAACGAGCUGUACUUCCCGCAGUGCUACGGGCCUCCGUUCCAGCAUACCUUCCAGACACAGCAGCAGGCCCAGCAGCCCAGUGUCGCGCACGCCAAUGGGGGCCCGACGCCGCCGGUGACCGUGACGGUGGCAAACCCUGUGGCCCCCGGCGUAGUGGUCCAGCAGAAUGCGUCUGCCUCCGUGGUGGCCCAGUGACAUCCCACCACUGGAGCAACUGGAGCACCACAGCAGCAGCAGCAGCAGUCGUCGGCAGCCCAACAGCAGCACCACUCGCACCCGCCUCCUCCACCAACAACGACUGCUCACCACAUCGCGGCAACGGCGGCGGCUGUUACAGCGGCCACGCCCACCUCCGCACACGGCUCUCCAGUGGCAGCGCCGCAAACAGUAACGCUCUCGAUCACGCUGCCCCCGCCGCCAACGUCGCACGCAGUUCAUCCGGGUCAUCCAGGCCACCCCGGCGUGGCCAACGGAGCAGCGCCUCCCCGCCACCGCCGACUCUGUCGCACGCAAUACCCAUACAUCCACACAUACACUCGAUAUUCGGAUCUCUAUGAUGUCAUCAGUGAGGAGACAGUUAGACCAGGAGCAGUAGCCCCAGGAGGAAAUCAAAAUUGAGGAACACACACUAUUCACAAAAUAUCCGAUAGGUUCGAUAAGUUUAUUUAUUAGUAUUAGACGCAUACAAAUUCUCCUAGUUUUUAAAACGGAUCUUUAAAUUAAACCACAAAACACAGUUUUGUACUGGCAGACGACGAACCAACUGAGAACAAAGCUGGACAGAGGAGACGCGAACGAACACGUGAACACAGGACGAGUACUAGUCUUUUUGAAAAGGACUCUAAACUCCUUUGACACAACCCAUACACAUGAAAUGCGAAUGGUCGAUGUUUUACAAAGAAGGGAUAAAUCGGAAAUGAAGGAGAAACGAGAGCCAAAACACAACGUUAUACGAUUCCUUUUUGACAUAAUAUUUUUUAAGGACCCCUCCCACUAUCCCCCUACACAUUUAAAAGACUACAGAGAUACUUCAGAUCUUUAUAUGUAUGUGCACACGGUCACACAAAAGAAAGUAAGUACAUAUGAGCCCGCAGAGUUCGUCAAGCUGGAUUUUUGAUACCACCCACAAGAGUUAUACGAUUAGGCGUAAAGUUAGGAUGGCUCAGACAUUAGGAGUGUGAAGUGAUAGUUAGGGCAGCUAGACACUUGUUGGGAGGAAGUGUGGAUGUUGGAGGAGGAGGAAUAGAAUGAAUGGUGGAGGAGAUGAUGGCGUCGAGCGAGUUUUUGUUUUGUUUUUAUUAUGACAGGCAGCAGCUAAGUUUUAGUUCAGUUCUUCGAUAUGUUAAUGAAUUCGAAUUUUUGUUGACGAAUGCGACGAUUCACGGACGUCCGUAAAUCAGUCUACAGGGGCCACACAAAUAUGAAUUCGAUAUUUCUCUUUUAUUUUGAUUGAAGCAUACAAAUGUGAUUUCUUAAAGUGUAAUAUAUAUUACUGAAUGCAAUUUAAAAAUACUAAAUACCCAUAAUUAGUUACGAGUCCCUAAGUAAUGCGAACUAGGAUUCAUUUGUUGUCUUCCCCAACUAAUCAUGUGUAAUUUAUGUUGAGUUUUUAUUUAGUAAUUAGAGAUGCACACGUUUAAUCCGGACAAAUCCAUACAAAGCACACAGGCACAAUCAGCAGACAAAGCAAAAGGACAUACAUAGGCAGGAUCAGUAUACAUACAUACAUGCAGACGUGUUUAUAAAGCAGGCAAUGUGACUCUCAAGGUGCCAUACAAUCGAACAAUAGUCAAAAAGGUAAUAGAUCAACCCUCCCCCUUAAUGCUCUCAAUUUACACUGAACCCGAAUCGAAUCUGAAUCGAAACAGACAAAGCACUAUUUGACCACCCACCCACCUCCUGCGUUUUCUUCCCUACCAAUUCAGUGUGGAUAUAACCGAAAACUUAGUUUCUUAUACAAUUUUCCAAUGUACCGUCAAAGCAUUUAUGAUUGUUAUUAAUAUUAUAGCAUAUGUACCCUACAUAUUUAUGUAUACAAAUUACAUAUAUUUUAUGUAUUGUAAAGAAAGAUCGUGGCAGAGCGAGGAUUUACUUUUAGACGUUUAGACGUUUCACUUUAUCAAGUAUCUACUCAUUAUUUAAUACACUUAGUAUGUAGCCAAUUAUCUAAGUUUCUAUUGAAAUCAAAGCAAGUGCUCGCAAUACGAUUUUGUGUUUACCGUUUUAAACCUACAGUUUAUCAAUUAUGUUUGGAUAUAUUAUUUAAUUACUUCAAUAAAACAAUGAUUUAUCUGACUUUCAGUUAA